AAGUCCAUAAACACAAAAGCCAUUAAAAAUGCUUCAAGAAAGUUGUGGAAAAUAAACCAUCACACCUCAGUGCUCUCAACCAAAGGAAGGUAAAAGAAAACAAAAGCAUGGCAAUCAAAUCUAAUCUCACCAAGUUCAAUUCUUUUAAUCUAAAUCCUUCGCGCACUUUCUCUUCUCCUUCUUUAUUUUAUAUCUCCACGCACAAUCCCUCUCCUGUGAACUUUAACAAGCAGUGUUCAUUAACAAGCUUGAGCAUCGAUGGCAGAAGAAACAGUAGGUCCCUCUCGAUUCAAGCCAUGGCUUCUUCGUUCGGCUCUAGGCUCGAGGAGACCGUGAAAAAGACUGUCAAUGAGAACCCAGUUGUUGUUUACUCCAAAACUUGGUGCUCGUACUCAUCUGAGGUGAAAACUCUGUUCAACAGACUUGGCGUGGAGCCGUUGGUCAUUGAAUUGGACGAAAUGGGUCCCCAAGGUCUUCAAGUGCAGAAAGUACUGGAAAGACUAACUGGACAACAUACUGUCCCAAAUGUUUUCAUUGGGGGCAAACACAUUGGUGGUUGUACAGAUACUGUGAAGUUGUAUCGGAAAGGAGAACUUGAGCCUUUGCUGUUAGAAGCUACUAAAAAUACAAAGAGCUAGCUGUCUUGGCAGUUUGAUUAGUUGGAGAAUUUCACUUCUCCAGCAAACUUCGAUUUCUUGAGAAGAUCUCCUACAUUUCUGUCUCUAGGAGUAUUUUUCGCCUCGUGAACAUAUAUAUUACUUUAACGAUUAUCUUUAUGUAUUUUUCUUAAAAUGAACUGUAUAUGAACUCAUGAAAGUUUGUUGUUCGGUCAUUUCAUGUAAAUCUCGUUGAAACUCUUCAGUCUAGCAGUAGAUGAAGGGUUUUUUGAUGGUGAAUAGAUGCAACCCAGUACAUUAUUUUA